CAGAAACCCCCUAAAUUAAACGAGGUGGUUUAAUCCAUGGGCCUAUCUGCGCGCCAAGUCCUGCAUCUUCUACGACUCAAGCCAAGCUUGCCGCCCGUGGUACUGUGCAGAGCUACAAUGACCAGCUUCACAAUCCCCGACCGCGUCUCGGACUACGCACCCGCUCUCCCAGUCCACUCCACAUCAGACCUCUCCAAGGACCAGCUACUACGAUUUCCAGCGUUCAACAUCUGGCUCUCGACACUGCAACACUCGUUGUCCCUCCAGCAGCGACCAUCGCACGAGUUCCAUAAAGACCCCUAUGUCCUACGUCAGAUCAACAUCCAAGCCGCGGACUUUUUCAAAGGCGGUCGUCUGGGCUUCGUCAAACUGAAGGCGGACGUGUCCAAUGGUAAGGGCGAAACUCUUCCGGGUAGCGUAUUUCUAAGAGGAGGCAGCGUUGGCAUGCUGCUCAUUCUCCAACCGGACGAUGCACCUCCAUUAACAGAAGAAGGGAAACGCGCCAUCCUAACUGUUCAGCCGCGCAUCCCCGCUGGAUCCCUCGCCUUCCCCGAGAUCCCCGCAGGUAUGCUCGACGACAGCGGAACAUUCGCCGGCAGUGCUGCAAAGGAGAUCCACGAAGAAACGGGUCUCGUGAUCCCGCAGGACGAACUCAUCGAUAUGUCAUCUCUCGCGCUGCAGCGUGUCUUCGAACCCCGCGGCGACGACAACGAGUCGUUACAGAAAGCCGUCUACCCGUCUCCCGGUGGAAGCGAUGAAUUCAUUCCCUUGUUCCUCUGCCAAAAGCGGCUGGCCCGCAAGGAUAUCGAGGGAUUACAGGGUCGAUUGACCGGGUUGCGGCAGGAGGGGGAGAAAAUUACAUUGAAGGUUGUGCCGUUGGAGGAUUUGUGGAAGGAGGGGUUGCGCGAUGGGAAGACCCUCGCUGCCUGGGCUCUGUAUAAUGGGUUGAAACAAGAAGGGAAGAUUUAG